UUGGCUUUAGUCAUGGGACUGAAACGGAAAGUGUUUAGGAAGGACCCCCAAAACUUAAAGCGUUUUAGAACUGAAAUAACCGAAUUGUUUGGUGGUGAAGCCAAACGAUCAGAGCGGCAUGGAUAUUCACAAGGGAAAAAAACCAAAGGAAGAAAGCAAAAACGAAAGGAGAUGAAACAGCUUAAAAAGGCCAGGAGGCUUGCUUUUAACCAACACAAGCCAAUGCCUACAUUAGAGACAAAAGCAAGAAUGGAAAAGACAGUUGAAAAAGAAAAGAAACAGAAAGAAAUCAAAGAAAAAAUCAAGCAAAGGAAGAAAAAAGCCAAAGAAAAAAAGAAGGAUGAGAAGGAAAAGAUAGCAGAGAUAAGGAAGAAGAACAUGGAACAGGAGAUACGACAGGAAGAACGCAUGUUGAAACAGCUAGAGAAACAGCUUCACCUAAACAAACGGAAGAGGAAGACACUUCCACAAUCAUUUCUCUCUGAUGGACUUGACUUUAUUCUAGAUGCAGUAGAUGGAGACAAACUGAAGCAAGAUUUCAAAGAUGACAUGGACUCAGACAGUGACCAAGAUGACCUGGAGGAUGCAGAUCUGAAUUGGUUAAAACAUAAGAAAAAGAAAGCAAGAUUGGAGGCAGAUAUGGAAAAUGAAGAUGAGGAUGAAAAUGAUGAGGAUGAAGAUUAUGAGAAUGAGGAAGAAUUCAGUGAAGGAGAUGAAAUGGAUGAAGAUGAACUUGAAAAUGAAGAAAAUGAAAAAAUCUUUGAAGUAGAGCAGACUUCAUCAAUGCCAUCUGAUAUUAAGUCAAUUCUAAAGUCUAGUGAGAAAUCCAUAGCAACUGUGAAACAGAAACAUGUUAAGUUCCCAGAAAGUGUUACUGCAAAGAAAUCUCACUCUGAAACUUCUGGGAUGGACAGCAGUGAGAAUCUUGAUUUUAGUGAUGACAGUUUUGGAAGUGAAGAGGAAGACGAUGAGGAGGAUGUUGAGGAGGAGGAGGAGGAUACCAGUCUCAAGGAAAUGCAAGAGUUGAAGGAAGAUAUAUAUGGCCGUUUACGAGAUGCACAAGGCAAUGUUGUACAAACUUCAGCUGUCAGUGGGACAUACAUACCUCCAGGAAAGCGCCUUGCCAUGGCAGGAAAUGAUGAAAAACACAAGCUACGACUAGACAGGCUACGGAAACAACUUAAGGGUCUCGUUAACAGGGUUAGUCAGGCCAACAUCAAUCCCAUCAGUACUCAGAUUGAAGAGAUGUAUCGCACUAACAGCAGAGCAGAAAUGAAUGAAACACUGGCUGGAAUCAUCUUGGAUGCCUGUGUCUCUGUUGUUAUCACACCAGAGAGGCUGGCCAUGGAGCUAAUGAUGCUGUUAGCGAUUCUCCAUGGCAAUGUGGGCAUGGAAGUGGGUGCAACAUUCACUCAGACACUGGCAGAGAGGUUCUCAUCUUCCUGUAAUCAAUCAGAAAAGUAUGGUGAGGGUAAGGAAGUGGACAACAUGGUGCUGCUAUUCUCCUACCUCUAUAACUUUAAAAUCAUACACAAUAUACUCAUAAUGGAUUUGAUCAAGAAGUUUGUGGAAGCCUUUCAGGAGAAGGAUAUUGAACUGUUGCUUCUUCUGUUAAAGAAUGUAGGCUUCAGCUUGAGAAAGGAUGACCCGGUAUUGCUGAAACAGGUCAUCCAGGACAUUCAGACAAAGGCAAAAGAUGUUGACACUAGUCACUUUGAGGAGCAGACUCGUGUUCGCUUCAUGUUAGACACACUGUUAGCCAUUAAAAACAACAACAUGAGGAAAAUCCCAAACUAUGAUCCAGACCAUUUUGAACAGCUCAAGAAACAAACACGAGUUUAUCUACGAGGUCAAGGCCUUGGAGUGGGGCAGCUGCGCAUCAGUCUGCAAGAUCUUCUCCAGGCAGGUACUAAAGGACGAUGGUGGGUGGUGGGGUCAGCUUGGACUGGACGAGACCAACAACAAUUGGGUACAGAGGAGGCUGCUAAGACCACAGACAAUAACCAGUCAUUAGAUAUCGCCAAGAAUAGCAGCAGUAAGAUCCUAGAGUUGGCACGGAAACAGAGGAUGAACACCGAUAUCCGUCGUAACAUUUUCUGCACCAUCAUGUCCAGUGAGGAUUAUUUAGAUGCAUUUGAGAGACUGUUAAGACUCGGACUGAAACAUCAACAGGAAAGGGAAAUAAUCAAUGUUAUCCUGGACUGCUGCCAGCAAGAGAAAUCAUUUAACCCAUUCUAUGCCUACCUACUACAAAAGUUCUGUGAAUAUGACCGCAGGUUUCAGAUGACAUUCCAGUUCACAAUGUGGGACAAGUUUAAGGAAAUGAGUAACCUGUCAGAGUGUAACCGUGACAACCUUGCACGGACUGUGUUACAUCUCUUGGCUACCAAGGCUGUGUCUCUCUCAUUGUUCAAGGUUGUAGAAUUUGGAGGCUUGGACAAAAUCAUGGUUCGUUUCAUGAAGCAAGUGUUACGAGGGCUCCUAUUGGAUUACCCUGAUCAUGUGACUGAAGCAUGUUUUAUGCGGAUUGCACCUCUCAACAAACUGCACAUGUUACACGAAGGACUCAAAUUGUUUAUGCAACAUUUCCUUUUGAAGAAAAGUUCUUCAGAAGUAAAGGACCAGGCAUUAUUGAAAGAGCGAGUUUCUUUAGCUGACAGAGCAUUAUCAUCUAGCCAAUCAAAAAUGUUGUUAUGAAAAUUGUGUAUAUAUCAAUAUUAAAGGAUGUUUAUUUUCUGAAAA